AUGGAUUCUCAAGAAACCCCCGUUUCUAAUGCCUCCUUCGAUAUCUCAAAAUUAAUUGACACAAUAGACUUUGCUGCUAAGAAACACUCGUUUCAGAAACGUAAUGAUCCUCAAGGAACACCUUAUAUCAAUCAUCCGAUUGGUGUGGCCAAAAAUCUUACCGAUGCUGGAAUCUAUGACUUUGCAACUAUACAGGCCGCGAUAUUGCACGAUACGGUAGAGGAUACGGAUACGUCUUUUGAAGAGAUCGAACAGCAAUUCGGACGGGAGGUUAGAGAUAUUGUAGCGGAAUGUACUGAUGAUAAAACCUUGGUGAAAUCUGAACGUAAACGAUUACAAAUUGAAACUACUCCACAUAAAUCUAAAAAGGCGAAGGAAGUGAAAUUAGCUGAUAAGCUGUAUAACCUUAGAGAUGUGCAAAGAAUGGCACCCGUAGGAUGGUCAAAAAAUAGAAUUCAAGAAUACUUUAUAUGGGCUAAGCAAGUAACAGAUGGUGCAAGAGGAACUAAUCAAAAAUUGGAAGACCAAUUGGAUGAAAUAUAUUCAAAUGGUACUUUUGUAUAUGAAG